AGUGACCCAGACGCUGUCGCGCGGUGCACAGAAAAGACGUCGCGCGUGCGCAGGCGCUCGGCGUAGAGGCCUGCCGGAAGCUAAGAUGGCGCAGAGGUGUUCUCCAGGCCGCCGCUGGCGCCGUAUCAGUAUCUAAGCGGAGUGUAUUGGAAGGAGUUAAGGGGCUGUGACAAACGCCCUCUCAGCCGUCAUGGCCCGGCAUCGGAAUGUUCGAGGUUAUAACUACGAUGAAGAUUUUGAAGAUGAUGAUCUCUAUGGCCAAUCUGUAGAGGAUGAUUAUUGUAUUUCGCCAUCAACAGCUGCUCAGUUUAUUUAUUCACGGCGUGACAAACCUUCCAUUGAGCCUGUAGAAGAAUAUGAUUAUGAAGAUUUGAAAGAAUCUUCCAAUUCUGUUUCGAAUCGUCAACUCAGUGGAUUUGAUCAAGCUCGUCUUUAUUCAUGCCUUGAUCACAUGAGAGAGGUACUUGGAGAUGCUGUGCCAGAUGACAUAUUAAUUGAAGCAGUUCUGAAGAACAAGUUUGAUGUGCAGAAGGCUUUGUCAGGGGUUCUGGAACAAGACAAUGUGCAGAAUUUGAAGGACAAGAAUGAGGGAACUGUAUCUACAGGAAAGAUAGCAAAAGGAAAACCAGUAGCUUCCCAGUCAUCUCGAAGUGAAUCUGAAAUUGUGCCAAAAGUUGCUAAAAUGACAGUAUCUGGAAAGAAGCAAACUAUGGGAUUUGAAGUGCCUGGAGUAACUUCUGAAGAAAAUGGUCAUAGUUUCCACACACCUCAAAAGGGACCGCCCAGUGAAGAUGUCAGCAUUGCUUCUUCUGAUGUUCUUGAGACUGCUUCUAAAUCUGCUAAUCCACCCCACAUGAUUCAAGCAUCAGAAGAGCAGAGUUCAGCCCCAGUGUCAGUGAAAAAGUCUGGCAAGCUGAGACAGCAAAUAGACGUGAAGGUGGAACUGGAGAAGCGACAAGGAGGGAAGCAGCUCCUCAACUUAGUGGUCAUUGGUCAUGUUGAUGCUGGGAAAAGUACUCUGAUGGGCCAUAUGCUUUAUCUUCUGGGUAAUGUAAACAAAAGAACUAUGCAUAAGUAUGAACAGGAGUCUAAAAAGGCUGGCAAAGCUUCGUUUGCAUAUGCAUGGGUCUUGGAUGAGACUGGCGAAGAAAGGGAAAGGGGAGUAACCAUGGAUGUUGGUAUGACCAAGUUUGAAACCACAACCAAAGUUAUUACAUUAAUGGAUGCUCCAGGCCAUAAGGACUUUAUUCCAAAUAUGAUUACAGGAGCAGCCCAGGCGGAUGUAGCUGUUUUAGUUGUAGAUGCCAGCAGGGGAGAGUUUGAAGCUGGAUUUGAGACUGGAGGACAAACACGAGAGCAUGGACUCUUGGUCCGUUCUCUGGGAGUGACACAGCUUGCAGUUGCAGUUAAUAAAAUGGAUCAGGUUAAUUGGCAACAAGAAAGAUUUCAAGAGAUUACUGGAAAACUUGGGCACUUUCUUAAGCAAGCAGGUUUCAAGGAGAGUGACGUAGCUUUUAUUCCUACAAGUGGUCUCAGUGGUGAAAAUCUAAUUACAAGAUCUCAUUCAAGUGAACUCACAAAAUGGUAUAAAGGACUGUGUUUAUUAGAACAAAUUGAUUCCUUUAAGCCUCCCCAGCGAUCUGUUGACAAGCCUUUUAGAUUAUGUGUAUCUGAUGUUUUCAAAGAUCAGGGAUCUGGAUUUUGCGUAACUGGUAAAAUUGAAGCUGGUUAUAUUCAAACUGGUGACCGACUACUGGCAAUGCCUCCUAAUGAAACUUGUACCGUAAAAGGAAUCACUCUGCAUGAUGAACCUGUCGACUGGGCAGCAGCAGGCGAUCAUGUUAGUCUUACUUUGGUCGGGAUGGAUAUCAUCAAAAUCAAUGUUGGCUGUGUAUUUUGCGGCCCCAAAGAACCCAUUAAAGCUUGCACUCGUUUCAGAGCCCGAAUCCUCAUCUUUAAUAUUGAAAUUCCUAUCACUAAAGGAUUUCCUGUGCUGUUACACUACCAAACUGUCAGUGAACCUGCUGUUAUUAAACGAUUGAUUAGUGUCUUAAACAAAAGCACGGGUGAAGUCACAAAGAAAAAGCCUAAGUUUUUGACUAAAGGCCAGAAUGCAUCGGUGGAGCUACAGACACAAAGACCAAUAGCUCUUGAGCUAUAUAAAGACUUUAAAGAGCUGGGGAGGUUUAUGCUACGUUAUGGUGGUUCUACAAUAGCUGCUGGUGUGGUCACUGAGAUAAAAGAAUGAUGGGUCAGAAUUUCUACCAUGUUUCCAGACACAGUGAAAUAGCCAACUUCUGUUUCAAAGAAUCCAGUUAUUAAGUCAAAGGAACAAUGUACAAUUGAUAUUAUUUUAGAUGAGAGAGAAAAAUUAAAGCUAAAAUUAGCUGCAAAGAAGUAUUAAUAAUCACCUCUGCAAAAAUUCUAAGUUGCCAACUGGCAAAGAAAAACUAGUAUUAAAAACAACUUUUCCUUGGAAAUGUUAGUAAAUUAAUUUACUUUGCUGAGAUUUAUGUCGUGUCAAAAAUAGUAUCCGAAGAUACUGAAUCAUCAUGAAAUGAACUCUACUUCCAGCCAAAGCACAAUGUAUUUGCAGUUUUCUCUUUUGAUUUCAUUGUACUGCACAUGUUUUAAGGAAAAGUAACUUAAUUGGGUUUUUUAGGCAGUUGAUAUUUAACCUAAGCUUUUUUUUUUUUUUUUUUUUUUUAAGUUAACUCUAAGAAACCAUUUGGGGAAGGUUAUAAUAAAGGUAUUUUGUGGUGAGCAUAAGAAUGUCCCUCCCCAAACAAGUAAACUUGUGAAAGUUUAAUUUGGAAUUAGUGGAAGCUGUUCCUUUGAUAGCCAAGAUAUUAUUUAAGUUUUAAAGCCAGCUAAUAAAAUGCCUUAGUUUGAGCAUAAUACAAA